UUCCAUGUUCGAAUAACUCCGUGUUUCCUUGACCUGAGCAAAUCCGUUGAUUGACUAUGCCCGAAGAAAAGGAGAAAGUUAUUCCUGUGCGUGUUGCUUUGAGAAUAAGACCGCUGGUUCCGAAAGAAGUCGGUGAAGGUUGCAAGCAAUGUAUCAGAUGUAUACCAGAGAAUACACAAGUUGUCAUGGGCAAUGACAAAGCCUUCACUUACGACUAUGUGUUCGAUACUACAAGCAUACAAGAGGAUCUGUACAGAGAAACAAUAAUUCCGUUGCUCGAAGGCUUUUUUAAUGGAUAUAACGCCACAGUUCUCGCAUAUGGACAAACAGGGUCGGGAAAGACAUAUUCCAUGGGAACAGCAUUUACAACGUGUAACGAGACCUCAGAUGAGAGAGGUGUGAUUCCAAGGCUGAUCGAGACUGUAUUUCACUGGAUCAAUGAAAGAAAGGAAAAAACUGACUUUUUGCUGAAAGCAUCAUUUUUAGAGAUUCACAAUGAAGAAAUACAUGACCUUUUGAAUCCUUGUUCUUCUGAAGAAUGUAAGAUUGCCAUAAGAGAAACACAUGAUGGUGGAAUCAAGAUUGCUGGUUUACAGGAAGUGGUGGUAACAUGUGGGGCUGAUAUGGUGAGAUGCUUAGAGCAGGGAUCUGCAUCAAGGGCAACUGGAGCCACUGCCAUGAACAGCAGAUCAAGCCGCUCUCAUGCCAUAUUUACAAUAACUUUAGAGCAGAAGGAGCUGCAAGGGAGUGAACUCAAAAAAGCUAAGUUUCAUCUGGUGGAUCUUGCUGGUUCUGAAAGAGUAAAGAAGACGCAUGCUCAAGGGGAACGCCUCAAGGAAGGUAUUAACAUCAACAAAGGGUUACUGGCACUAGGUAACGUUAUCAGUGCGCUUAGUGAUGAGCUGAGGAAAUCUAACGCACACGUUCCUUACCGAGACUCCAAGUUGACCCGUCUUCUUCAAGACUCUCUCGGAGGAAACAGUAAUACCUUGAUGAUCGCUUGUGUCAGUCCUGCAGACAGUAAUUUCGAGGAAACCCUUAACACACUUCGUUACGCGGAUCGAGCGAGACAGAUAAAAAACAAACCAAUUGUUAAUCUUGAUCCAGCCGCGGCCGAACUGGCGCGACUUCGCCAACAGGUUCAGCUUCUUCAAGUGCAACUUCUUCAGGGACAAACCAUUACAGGAGUUAAUGCAGGAGGAGCGAGUGACGAGAACCCUAAUGCUAUCAACAUCCAAGAAAUGACGGACAGGAUUACAGAACUCGAGUCUGAAAAUGAAAAGCUGAGCUCCGAGCUACACGCCUCUGUUGAUCAGAACACUCAGAUGUACGAGAAGGUGUUGGUGGCUGAGUUAGCUCGCGAUAAGAUGCUGCGAAAAUUCAAUGAGCUGAAAGGACAUUUUAGCUCUAAAAUCACUGCAAAUGUAACUGAGUUGACGGACGAUAGCCAGGCUGAUAUGACAUUAGCCGAGGAACUUCAAACAAAGCUGCAUGAACUCGAGGAGAGUAUUAGCUCAACGAAAAAGUUGGAAGAUGUAGUUAAGGCUGAAGAGCAGUCCCCCAGUGACACGGAAGACCCGGAUGAGUGUGACGGAAGCUCUGACUCAAGCUCCCCUUCGGACGCGUCAUUUGUUUCCCAGCACGCUUUGAGGCGAGCAGAGCUUGGAAGGCAACUCCAGGAAUUGAAUAAAGCGCUGGCUCUUAAGGAAGAGUUAGCCAAUAAAAUGGUGUCGAACGACGCACGGUUGUCCAAUAUGAGAAAACAGUAUGAGGACACUGUUCGCGAACUGGAGGGUGAAAUUGCGAGGUUGGAGAAGGAAAAGGCGAGUCUUAACGUCGCCUUAACCAACAAAAAGUCUGAGGCAUCCGACAGCAAAAUGAAUGAAAGGAACAGAAAUAGAAUCAAAGAACUGGAGGCCAAAAUUUCAGAUCUGAAGAAGAAGCAGGUUGAACAACAUAAACUCUUGAAAAUGAAGGAACAAAGUGACAGCACUAUAAAGAAACUAAAUUCUGAGAUUCAGGGUAUGAAGUCGAUCCGUGUCAAGCUGAUGCGUCAGAUAAAAGAAGAAUCUGAGCGCUUCCGAGCACUGAAGGCUCAAAAAGACAAGGAAAUCAAUCAGUUAAAGCAACAGGGUCGCAAAAGGCAGUUUGAAUACAAGAAGCUGGAGAACAUUCAUCAGAAGCAACAGGCUGUCCUUAAGAGAAAAACGGAGGAGGUGUCGGCAGUUCAGAAGCGUCUGAAGAUGGCGCUGGAUCGUCAAAAAGAGGCGGCGGAGAAGAAAUCCAUGAUACAACAGCAACUCCUGGUUAGGUCAUGAAGUUGAGGUCCUUGUGAGUGUGGGCCAGGCUAGACAGACACUAGAAAAUCUCAUUGAAGACAGGAAAGUGUUGUCGAGACAGCUGGCAGAGUUAAGAAAUCAGGAACAGGAUGAGGAUGACGAACCUGCUGCUAAGAAAAUGGUCCAAGAUGCUGGCACUCCAAGCGACAAGAAAAACAAGUCUCAUAUUUUACAGAAAAGAAUCACCACCCUUGAACACGAGCUCGAACUAAGGAGUUCCCAAAUCGCUGGGCUACAGCACAAGAUUCUUGAUGCAGAGCAAGGUGAAAAGUCGAGACAUCGCUGGAACAACAUUCACAGCAUGGCUGAAGCAAAAGCAGGGCUACAAGUUUUGCUAAACAUGACAGUGGCGGCGACUCUUGUCAACACAAAGGCGGAGAAAUCUCGAGAGGAGUCUGAGUCCCAGUUAACAGAACUAAGGUCGCGUGAGGAGUCCAUGACUGAGGAGCAUCAGGCUGAAAUAAAAAGUAUUCAAAGAUCUCACGACGAUUUCGUGACAAGUCUUAAGGAAGAACACGAGGAGAAGGUCAAAUGCCUUCUACAGCAAAUACCUUCCAGCGACGCCUCAUUUAAUUCCCAGCAGGAAACAAGGGAAGAUCUUCAGGAGCAACUUGAAGCGUUGAAAGAAGAGAACAACAACUUGAAAGAGCAAUUGAGACAACUGAAGGAAGUCUUUGCAUCUGACUCUCCAUCCCCCAAACCAAAGAAACAGAAAUCAAGGAAGAAAACUGUGGAGUUGCACGAACACGACGAGGACUGGGCUAUGGAUUUGAGUGAGGAGAGCGAACAGGAGGACUUGGUUGAGCUCGACCCAGACUGGGUGAAAACCCCUAUAGGCCGUCGUCCACAACGGAGGUCUGGACGAACCACCCGGUCUACUGACGCUUCUUCAUUGCUGGUCAACAAUUCUGGGCAAGGACAGGGAUGUAAGUGCACAGGGAAGUGUGCAACAAGUAACUGUCUUUGCAAGAAGAGCUCUACCGCUUGUUCAGACGAAUGCGGAUGUAAAGCAGUGAAAUGUGUUAAUCGUCAACUGAAAUCUCUACAGGAAGUGCCAAUUGUGGAUACGGUAAUGCUAAGUGAAAAUGGAAAUGGUGAGGGAAAUGCUUCCUCACCAUCCUUAAAUGCUGACAGAAAUGGGCGACAAGCAUUGGUCGAAUUGAAAAAUGUAUCCCAAGAAAUGAAGUAUGAAAACAACAAAGCAGCGCCAUUGUCCGUUAAACAAAAUGGAACAGAGAAUCAACUGGCAACGAGUAAAAGGCCUAAAGUGUUUCACAAACCUCACUCUAGCAGUUCGGUUUCAUCUUCUGAUGAAGACGGAGGUCACUCAAAACAUCGGGGUUUCUCUAGACCCGGGUCCACACCUGGACGGUCUGUGCCCGGUCACAAAUCGAGGGCGCCUGGGUUCAGUUUUGGCUCUGCCAAGAAGAUUGUUGUAAAUAAGCCAAUUGCAAAGUUUGACCAUGAAAACAAGAGGAAACGAAAGUUGUUGAAACCUUCCAAAACAGCCUUAAGCUUGGUUAGUAAACCUUGAUAUGUAAUUGGCGGUGCAGCAGAGUACCGUGGUUUUCGAAUAUAAUUCGUAUUGUAAAUAACGUCAGCUACGAAGACUAAGAUACGAAGAACUGAAUGAGCCAAUCAGAUUUUUGUUUAUAUACA